UGCAGCGGCUAGACCGGUUCCUGGUUUGCCCUGUGAAUAAGGAAAUAGCUCGGGAGAGACACAGAGAGGAGACAUGGCCUCCCUAUUCAAGAAGAAGACCGUGGACGAUAUAAUCAGGGAGCAGAAUAAGGAGUUAAGAGGAACGCAGAGGGCCAUAACCAGAGACCGUGCGGCCUUGGAGAAACAAGAAAAACAGCUGGAAAUGGAAAUAAAGAAGAUGGCAAAGACGGGUAACAAAGAUGCAUGCAGAGUACUGGCCAAGCAGCUGGUACAGCUCCGUAAGCAAAAAACUCGCACGUACGCCGUCAGUUCUAAAGUCACAUCCAUGUCAACCCAGACCAAAGUUAUGAGCUCCCAGAUGAAGAUGGCCGGCGCUAUGUCAACAACAGCUAAAACAAUGCAAGCAGUAAACAAAAAAAUGGACCCACAGAAAACCCUCCAAACCAUGCAGAACUUCCAGAAAGAAAACAUGAAAAUGGAAAUGACAGACGAAAUGAUCAACGACACGCUGGAUGAUAUUUUCGAUGCAUCUGAAGAUGAAGAAGAAAGCCAAGACAUCGUGAACCAGGUGUUGGAUGAAAUUGGAAUUGAAAUCUCAGGAAAGAUGGCAAAAGCCCCAUCAGCAGCCAAAGGUCUACCAUCUACAUCUGCCGCCAAAUCUAAAGGCAUCUCGGACGAAGAGAUUGAGCGACAGCUGAAGGCACUGGGCGUGGAUUAACUCUUAUUAUUAUCCCUUUACUUCCCAUUACGCCGAGGGAAUACGGGCAACGCUACCUACGCAACUGAACAGUAUCUGCUUUGUAGAAGAGCAAUAUAUUUUUUAAAAGAGAAGGAUUGAUAGAAGCAUUGCAGUUUCUGUUCACUAAUGGACUCUUCCAGGGACGUGUAUAAUAAUAAUAAUAAUAAUAAGUGUAAAUAGAGCCAUCAUUAACUGUAUACAUACAAAAAAAAACGUAAGUUUCCUUGUAACAUUUUCUCCUCUAGGCAUGUGCGUUUUUAUUUCAACCAAUGAAAAUCAUUAUAGUAUUGAAGACAUGGCGAUUCUUUUACUUCUGUACCAUUCUGUACCAGAACAUUUCAAAGCAAGAUAUGGGCAAUUUAAUUAUAUAAAAAUACAAAAAUAAAACAAGGUGCAUUGUGCAAAAAAAAAAAAAAAA